GAGACUGAAAAGGCCUUUCGUGAGCAAUUAUGGAGAUCCAGGGCUUGGCAUUCUUGCCAUGCCUGUGGGUUAUUUGGACAUUUGCGGGUGUCAUUACCACCUUGUCCAUGACCAUCAUUGGUGGUCACAUUGAGAAAUUUAUACCGUAUAUCAGUGAUACCGGUACCAACUAUCCGGAGUCCAUCAUAUUUACGGUUGUGUUUUCUGUCUCUGCUGCGCUUGGGGUGUGCACAAUGUACGUUAUGUACAAACGCAUGACCAGCAGCAUUGAUGUGGAAGACAGCCAUCCUAUUGCACAGAAGAUCUUGCUCCUGAUUGGAAGGCUGUCGUGCAUUGGAAUUUUGAGUCUUGCUCUUGUUCAGACGAAACUCCAUCCAAACUGGCAUUUCGGGGCAACACUGCUGGCCAUAACCUCUGGCUUAGUGUAUAACAUCAGCCAGGCGUUCUACCUAUACGCGGUCUGCAAGAGCAAGAGACCCAUCAGGCACCUUAGAGCAGCGCUGUGCUUGGUGACAUUAUUAACCUUUCUCACAUUGGUUGCAUGUAAGAUAGUGUUCAUAUUUGCGUGUAACGGAGGACAUUGUGAACAGGUCACCGUUGUCUCUGCAGUUGGAGAGUGGGUAAUAGCAGCUACACUCAUGUUGAACAACCUGACAUACAUACCAUAUUUUCAGGAGUUAUCUAUGAAAUGUCCCAGCAACCUACAGCAGGACUGGAUCUGCCUGAGGGAAAGGGUCAAUGCUGGGCCUGAGUACCCAUGAUCUGUCAGAGGCAACAAGUGGUACAUACAUGAUGUAUGUAAGCUGAUGACAUGAGCAGAUCAAGGACUGGACUGACAGACCCAUCUCCAGGAGUGCCGUAGCCUUGAGGGUGCAGCCAAGCGCCCACAGCCACCAUCUGAACGCCUGGUCCACACUGACAUCUGUGGAUUUUUGCCCCUUAAUGUACAAUAAAAUAAUAAGGCUUAUUA